GUAGCCAAAUAUUAUUAUGGUGUCUCUCGGAUUUCAUGAAUUUCCGCGUAUUUUACGUUCUGCUUUCGAAUGAGCUGGAUACAUAAAGCGUGUGUGAAGGUCACGCUUAAAUUUUUCACGUUUUUGCAGGGAUAGUUCUAUUUUUAAAGACAAUUCAGCUCUGUCUCACCGACAGUUAUUGAAGAGGGGACGACCUUCAAUGUGAGCCUUACGGAGACUGUCGGAACUGAAACAAGAGAAAUGUUUAAAAUUCAUGUUAUACGCACCUUUUUGGUAUAAACUGACAUAUAUUAUCAUAAUUCUAAACGAGUUACGAUUACAAAAUCAAGUUUAUUCUUUAAACGGUCUGUUUUGUAAGCGUUAGUGAAAGCCGUCUCAUUUCCGAAUACCCCAGCAUAACAAGAGCGGCGCAGCGGAGGAGAUUGGGAGGAGACGACCGCCAUUAAUGACGAAGAGUGACACCUAGGUAAGCUGCCACUCAACUGUCGGUAGUGUUGUUUAGCACAGCGAGCAAUUUUUGAAAAAUAACCCACCCACGUAGCUUCGCUGCGGUAGUUGCAUGUACUGCAGACCCGGGAGCUUAUCUUCUCGUAACUGUAGCAGUAUACGCUACAUCAGAAAAAGUGAAAUAAAGAGCGAACAUUAUUUGUAGUUUGGUAUUUAGCCUUGGCGGACUGGAAGCUGUGUACUGACGUGCGAAAGGCGCCGGCUGUGGUGUAUUUAUAGCGUGACUGCGCGUUGACGUGUGUUAUUGUUGUGCUUCUUGUUGACGUCCGUCAAUCAUUCCGAGGCGGGAUUUUCGGAUGCGUCUACCAUCAGUGACUGCAACUGGACAUUGAAAGGAUGCGCGCCCGCUGUUAGGCCGAUGGCCGGUGAGCGGAGGAGGGUGCGCUGCCCAGCUGCCUGAGCCCGCUGCCGUCUCCACAGCCGACUUGGGGCUGGUCCCGGGCGCCGAGGGACGAUGAUCGGCGCCGCGCCGCCCGCUCCGGCGCCACGCGUCCUUCUGCUCCCACCCUCACAGACGUGCGCAUGAGUGUCGCGGGAGAUGCAAGAGGGCAGCGCGAUGGUGACGCCGGGCUAUGAGCAGACGGAGAGCGGUGGAGGCGUCGCCAUGACACAGGCUGGGGGCGGCGCCGAGCAGCAGACUGCGGCCGGGGGCGGCGCCGCGGCUGGCGGGGGCGGCGGCGGCGGAGGAGGCGGCGCGCCCGCGGGCUUCGGCCCGCCCGACCAGGCGCAGUUCGAGGCGGACAAGCGCUCCGUCUACAAGCAUCCGCUGUUUCCUCUCCUGGCCUUGCUGUUUGAGCGCUGUGAACAGGCAACUCAGUCAGCUGAGUGUCCCAAUUCAGAAAGCUUUAAUAUGGAUAUCCAAGCCUUUGUACAGCACCAAGAACGGGACCGCAAACCCUUCCUUCUCAACGACCCAGAGGUGGAUGGCCUUAUGAUUAAGGCAAUACAGGUGUUACGCAUCCAUCUCUUAGAAUUGGAGAAGGUGCAAGAGUUGUGCAAGGACUUUUGCAACCGCUAUAUUACGUGCCUCAAGGGCAAGAUGCAGAGUGAGAACCUGUUGAGGUCAGACUACGCCAGUUAUGACAGCAAUAACCACAGUGGGAGCCACAGUGGCAGCCAUAGCAGUAGCUCAAACUCCAACAGCCCUGCUGCUGGGGGCAGCGCGCCUUACCCUCCAUCCCCACAUCCUCUCCAGGUGGUGUCCUCUGCAGGGGGCGUUCAGCUCGCAGCUGCCGCUGCCGCCGGGACAGUGCUGAUGCCUCAGCACCCGCAGCACGUCGUGGCUGGUGGCGGUGGUGCAGCGACGGGCCCGGUCCCCGUUCCGGCCCAUCAACAGGCGAGUGCCGCGGCGGCAGCAGCCGCAGCAGCAGCUGCGCAGCUGGCUUACCAGAUGGUACACACGCCUCAGGGGCUCGUCGCUGCUCCGGUGCACUUGCCUCCCACUUCUGCUGUUGCAGUUCCCCCUUCGCAAGGUCCACCACUGUCACCGGGUGUUGUCCACGGUAGCACGCCACUGUCUCAGAUUGGCGCCAACCCGUGUCCACCUCCGUCUGAUGCCAGUCUUCUCCAAGGUCAGCUAUCUCCCGCACCAACUACCCCUGGCUCAGUGGAUGAUGAAGAUGACUACCUGGGCAAGAAAAAACAGAAACGCGGUGUUUUGCCAAAGCAUGCGACAAGUGUCAUGAGGUCAUGGCUCUUUCAGCACUUAGUUCACCCCUACCCCACUGAAGAUGAGAAGCGUCAAAUAGCUGCACAAACCAACCUUACACUGCUCCAAGUGAACAACUGGUUUAUAAAUGCUCGGAGACGUAUUCUUCAGCCAAUGCUUGAUGCUUCUGCCCCUGGUGGGGGUGAUAGUGGUGUCAGUGGAGGUGCAAGCCAUCGUAAGGCCAAAAGUGGAGGAAGUACAGGAGCUAGUAAACAAGCAGCUGCCCAACGUUUCUGGCCUGAUAAUAUUGCAUCUCUGCAACCACAGCUCACGGAGUCUAAUGGCACUGUGCAUACAGAUUCGUCGCUGAUGAGUUCAGGUGCUUUGAGUAGUGAAGAAAGUGAUGGAGGCAGCAGCCAGGAAGAAGACGAAGAUGAUGAGGAUGCGGACGGUGAAAUGGAGAGCUGUCACGGGGGAGCGUAUCGAGGAAGCAGAGGGGGUGUGCCGAGUGGUGCAGACCUCAAGCUGGAGUGCAGCUCGGAGGACUCUCAGCAGUCGCAGCAGCAAUGACACAUGCAGCUCGGGCUGCCCGCGGCUGCAGCCAGCCACUGAACCACACAGGGGGAGCGGGGUGGGCGAAAGGAGGAGGACGAGAGGCCACCACACAUGCAUUACAAGUGCUGGGUGACACGCGGUGGCAGUGGCAUUGCUUCUAUGUUCUGGAAUUGUAUGGAUUCAUUCGCUUGCAUAAUCUUGUUGUGGUGCCAGCAGCAGAAUUCUAUUUGGAGUACCACUCUAUGGCCAAGUCAACAUAGUGUUUUGUGCUUGAAGUUUCUGCGGUUUUAUUCUAUUCUCAAGUGCUUUUUUUUUGCAUAAUUAGUCAGUCUGAUAUACAGGUAUUCCCUUAUUUAUUGCUUGAAAACAAAAAUUUGGUUGAAACUAAUAAAGAUAAUGUAGAAUAUUUACUUCACAAAAGUUAAGAAUCUGGCUUUAUUAGCAACAGACACUGUGUCCUAAUCAGCGAAAUGAAUGAAAGGAAGUACAGCAACUCAUUCCACUGUGUUACAUUGCUCCUGUUAAGUUGAUGAAUUUGUAACAUUAAUGUUUUUACUACCACUGCUCAUCUGUGGAAGAUUGUAAUAUGGUAGAUAUACUAUGUAACAAACCUCAUAGUUACAUUUUAUAGCUCUUGGUUCUCUAUGUCUCAUUUUGAGUUUAGGAAUAUCCUCACUCUCUAUCUCUCUCCCUUUCUCUCUUUUAAUCUUUCCAUAUUUGGCCUUACACUGGGAUGAUUUAAAAACCAUGACACUCCAUAAAUUGGCAUAUUCUUUGCUAAAAUCAUAUACAAUGUGUGAACUCGUCUC